AUGAAACAAACUCUUUGGAAUUUAUUCAAUCAGCAACAGUCUCAUCCCGCUGUUGUAUCCUAUGCCCAUUCACUCCUUCCGAGCUUGUUCUCUGCCGUGAAUGAUGAUGACGGUACCAUAGAUAUCGAAAAACUUAAUCCCUAUUCCGUUUUACAAACUUCCAACAUGACACAACAACAAAUCAAUACGGGACGGGGAGUAACCAUUGCUCUCAAUGUUUUAUUUCUUUUCGUUGCUACAAGUCUUUCAAUACUCAUUCCAAUUAUUUACUAUUUUUGUGUGAUGAGAAGAUAUAACAAACAUCAUCAUACGAAUAAUGGUGAGCAAGUCUAUUCCAACUCGGAACCAAAUUUAGAAAACAAUGCACAAUGUGGAUGCUCUAAAACGUCAUGGAAAAAUUUCGUAUUCAGUCUUCCGUUUGGAAAACGCAAUGCAUUGGCAUUCAUUAAUGAAAAUGGAAGUUUUGCAUUGUUUCAAUCGACUUGGUUUCAUAUUGUGAUAUUUAGAAUUGGAUGUUACCUGAAUAGGAAACAUGAAGAAGGUGAAAAGAAAAUACGACUGUAUAAUAUUGCAUGCUGGUUAUCUACUUUUUGGAUUUUAUUUCUAAGAUUGUGUUGCGUAGCAUUGGGAGUAACGACGGCUUAUUAUGUAGGAUCGAGAUCGGUUGGAAUUGGUGAAUCUUGGCUCAAAUAUACACAAUAUCUCACCAAUAAUAGUUUUAAUGUGUUUGUGGUUUUUAUGACAUUUGUGACUCUAACGCAUGUCAUUUAUUUAUGUUUUGUCAUUGUUGCAGCGUUGCAAAGAAAGAGUUCCUUAUUUCCGUAUUUUGACAAUGGAGCUUUACCAAAAUGGUUGUUGAAAAUUAUGAAUAUUUAUGGUGAUAUCUUGUGGAUACUUGUCGAGUUGAAUCUUGUGACAUCUACAGUGGUUUCAUUAGGAUUUUGGCUCGUGCUUGCUCCAACCUCUAGCAAUCCUUCCAAUUUGGGAACUUUUAACAAUCUCUCUGUGCACACCUUUACAUGGAUCAUGUCCAUGAUUGAAACUUUCAAUUCUGAUUUCUAUCUCAAAUUUUGGCACAUUUUCCUGGUUGGAAUGUUUUGUCCAUGUUACUUGCUGUUCGUAAUUGGAUUGCGAGAAAACGGAGUUCACAAUAACUUCCAUAUGGAACUUUAUUGGAUUAUUAUCAAAACACAUUGGCGCCUGUCAUGCAUUUAG